AAGGAUCCUUUCAUAUAAAUGGAAGGCUUAUUUAAGCAUACACUCAGCAUAAUAUUCUUUCCCACUAAAUCUGUUGCCACUGUUCUGUGUUUCCUUUUGUACUUGCAGUGCAGCCUAGUCGCACAUCCAUGGCUCAUAAUGAAAUUGUUUUCUUUUAAGAUUUUUCAAUGUGUAUUCCUUUAAUAUUUUCCAGAAUCAGAAGAAGACCUGGAGGCGGAGGGAAGAGGCCGGCAGAGGCUUAGAUUUGAAAGAAUGGCAUAUUCGCCUGACGGCGAAGAUGAAGACGAUGAUGUCGAGCCAGAGCGUCCUGCAAAAAAGCCCUCUGGCCCAAAGCAGGAGCUAUUGGACAUGUUAAAAAAAAAAAACUGACGACAUCCAGCAAAGGGAAGAAGCUGCUUUAAAGAAGCAGAAAAAGAGGCCAACAUAUGACGAUAGGGGUGGCCUAGUCACUGAGCUGAAGUACAAGGUACAGAGACUUGAAGGCCUUGUGGAAAGAAAGUGCAAAAAAAUUGAGGAACUGCGAAACAAAAACGAAGAGUUGGAGCAGGAGGCCAUGAAGCUGAGGCAGCUGAACAUGAGGCUGCAGGAAAAAAUGCUGACAGCCAUAGAUGAAGGCACAGGCUACAGUAGAGCUUCGUGCUCCACUAAGAGCGGACCAGACCACUCGACGAGGGAAGUGGAUAUUGACAGCAUGGACGUGAUUCCUAGGGAGAAAACACCGCCACAGGAUGAUUACGCAAGAAAAGAGAAUGCCAUGGUGGACAUUGGCGGUGGCCUUCAAAUAAAUUCUAGCGCAUGGCACCACAUUCAGGGCCAUCAAAAGGAUUCCCUUUUCGUUAAGGACCUCCUCCUGGGAAUUUGGCCCAAGGACCAGCUGAAAAACCGCUCUUUGCAAGGGAAGCGGUGUCCACGAUUUCCCGAUCGGCCUGCAAAGGCUCCACUGACACCUUGGAAAGUGGAAGUGAUGCGUGACUGUUACAGACGGAGACUGCAGCGCCAGGGGAUUCCCGAAACCCUUAUGCCUGCUGCACUCAAGCAGCUGAACCAUUUCGUGGUUGAGAAGCUGGCAGACCUUGAGAGGCUGGCAAAACGGUGAGGUGCUGUUAUAAAUGUGUUUUGACUAAUUUCAGGGAG